GUGUGUGUGAAGGGGUGUAUGAAAAAGUUGUGUUUUUUAUUUGGGUGUGUGGAGUUAUGGCUGCUAUAAACAAUGGGGGGAAGGGUAAGAACUCGACGGGCGGUGUAGAGAAUUCUGUGGGUGUGGGUGCGGGUUCGGGUUCGGGCGUUUUUGUUGCUCCGCCCAUGAGAUUCCAGAAUAACCAGAAGAUUAACAUGGAGUGGAGUGCUGAAGAACAGGCUAUGUUGGAGGAAUGUCUUGUCAAAUUUGCAUAUGAUUCAAACAUAGUUCGCUACGCAAAAAUUGCUGUGCAGCUGAAUAAUAAGACGGUCCGGGAUGUGGCGUUGCGCUGCAGAUGGAUGGCGAAAAAGGAAAACGCGAGGAAAAGGAAAGAGGAUCUGAAUCCAUUGAGGAAGAUGAAAGAUAAAAAGGACAAAUUGAUCGAUCCCGCAUCAACAACAAGUUCCAACUUAAUGGUCCAGCCUGGUUUUUCUCCUUACGCCCAAGGAACAGCUACCAAUAGCAAUGGCAAUUCAGCCUCAUUAAACGCCACGGUACAACUUCUUCAACUUAACUCUCAGGUCUUUGAUCAGAUUUCUGCAAAUCUCUCCUCAAAUCAGAUACAGGACAACAUUGUUCUCUUGUGUCAAGCUCGCGAUAAUCUCUUCAGAAUAUUAAGCAACCUUAAUGAGCAGCAGAACUUCGUAGCUCGGAUGCCACCACUUCCGGUUGAGGUGAACGAGGAGCUGGCUAAUUCCAUUCUUCCCCCCUCGACUCGUCUGAGGAAGUGAUGGUCCUUUUCACCGCAAUGAUAAAAGGAAGAGAGUUAUUAAUCAAGCUCUUGACUUCUUGCUCUAGAGAAACCAGUUUCAAGUAGAUUUAAAGGGUAUAUAUAUUUGAGUAAUUUACUUUUGUGUUUUUGAUUUCCUACUAGAAUGAGUCUGAACAGCUCGGUUUAUAAGGAUGUAAGAUUGUACAGCAAUAAAGCAGACAUAUCUUGCAUUACAAA